GUAACAAGAGAUUAUUUAUCAUCAGCACACUGGCGGCAGAGAGGCACAGAAAUCAGCCGAUGCUUUCACAAAGCCAGUGCAUCUGAUGUGAAAGUGUUUUAUUCUGCGCAAAAGGAUUAGAAUAAACAUCCACGCGUGGGAGAGCACGAGAGAGAAGACGGCGUUCAGUUUGCAAGUGGGGAGCAGCGCAAAUGAAGCGAUGGAGACGGAUGUACCGGUGCAUGUGAUAAAUGCAUGAUUGCAUGGACGCUUUUCAGUCGAAUUCAAACGGGCGUGUGCUGCGACUUAACAAAACACAUCUAUGCAAUGUUGAGUUAGAAAUAUAGCAUGCUCUGUCAGGUUAUGGAUAUUCCGUGAUAAAUAAUGCGGGCUGGUUUGUCAGCUUAGUAUCUUCGUUGCAUGUUCAGAAAUUUAUCAAAGCAUCUUUUUCCAAAUUUUUACAGUUGUUAAUAUAAUUGAAGAUAAUGGCUUCCUGACGAGGACCAAGCAACCAAUCCAGAGUGCCAAAUGCAAGUCUGAUAAGAGGGCAAACUGGAAUUGGAAAUGGAAGACAAGCAUUUGACAUCCCACUUUUGGAGGCCUCGGUCGUACUAACCUCUGUGUGAACUGCUGUUUCCAGCACCACGGACAGCAACCAUGAACAGGUUACGCAAGAAAGCGUGUGUGGCUCUUCUAUUGUUCACCUUGUUUAUUUUUGGUACUAUGAUGGGCCUACGAACCCUCAAACCCACUGAUGGCUUCUCGGAUCUUGCUCCAGGAAUGGAGUUGAUGCCUUUGGUUGGAGAGCGAAUGGACCAGAGACCCAAUCACAUAGAUGAAUCAGUGGGUCAGAAUGGUGGUGUGGGCAGUGACACUAAGAUAGUGUUCUCCAACUCUGGUCCCGACCACAGCAUAUUCUAUGACAUUCACAUCUUCUAUUAUUUAUGGUAUGGCUCGCCACAGAUGGACGGUAGUUAUAUACACUGGGACCAUGUACUAGUGCCACACUGGGACCCCAAAAUAGCUUCCAGUCACCCUAAAGGACGACACAAUCCUCCAGACGACAUUGCGUCCAGUUAUUACCCUGAACUGGGACCCUACAGCUCCAGAGAUCCAGAUGUCAUUGAAUCCCACAUGGCGCAAAUCGAAGCUGCGGCUGCAGGUGUGGUGGUCCUGUCCUGGUACCCGCCUGGUGUGGCAGAUGAACAUGGCAAACCCUCAGAGGAUCUAGUGCCAGCUGUAAUGGACGCUGCCCAUAGACACAGUAUCAAGGUUGCGUUUCACCUGCAGCCCUACAAAGGCCGGACAGACCUCAGUGUGCAUGACAACAUCAAAUACAUCAUUGACAAAUACGGGAAACAUGGGGCUUUCUACAGGUUCAAGUCCAGCACUGGGAAGAUCCUUCCACUCUUUUAUGUGUACGACUCCUACCUUACCCCACCGGAGGCCUGGGCUGAGCUGCUGACCGUCAGGGGCUCUCACAGUCUCCGAGGAACUCCUUACGAUGGCAUCUUCAUUGCUCUCAUUGUGGAGGAACGUCACAAGCAGGACAUCCUGGCUGGCGGGUUUGAUGGCAUGUACACCUACUUUGCUUCUAAUGGCUUCUCCUUUGGAUCUUCUCACCAGAACUGGAAAGCAAUCAAAGCUUUCUGCGACAAGAACAACUUGCUGUUUGUGCCGAGCGCUGGACCUGGUUAUAUGGACACCGCCGUCCGGCCGUGGAACAACCACAACUCACGCAACCGAGUGAAUGGACGAUAUUAUGAGACCUCUUUGCAGGCAGCGAUGUCCAUAAGGCCUGAUAUCAUCACAGUAACGUCAUUUAAUGAGUGGCAUGAAGGAACUCAGAUUGAGAGGGCCGUGCCCAAGAAGACUGUGGCCCGUCUGUAUUUGGACUACAAACCCCAUCAGCCAGACCAUUAUCUGGAGCUCACCAGGAAGUGGGCAGAACAUUUCAGUAAGGAGAAAGAGCAGUGGCUUAUGUGACUGGACCUUGUAACGUCUUACCAUUGUUGAGUUUAAAAUGUUUUCACAUGUUAUUGACGUUAUCAACAUUACCGAUUACUGUCUUUCAAUUUAUGCAUACAUUUUAAAGGCAGCUGGUCUAUUGAUAAACAGUUGAUUUCAAUGCAAGUAUUUACAAGAACAGUUCACCCAAAAAUGAACAUUCUGUCAUAAUUUUUGUGAUUACAAAUCUAUAUUUGAUUGUUUUACAAAUCUAUAUUUUUUGGAAGCUGAAAACCCCUUUGCAUCUGUCCAGUCUCAUUCAGUCAAGUGUAUAUUCAUACAUGGGACAUCACGGACAGCCCAAGACAUGAAAACCAAUGCUGUUUGGCAUCACUGGCAUCAAACCUGACUGGAAAUGUCUUGAUGUGCCAUAUUUGAGUGAAUAUGGCUGUAAACACAAGGCUAAUACACAGUUUCUAUUAGGGCUCUGCGAUUAAUCGAAAUCGAACCGCAGUCGCGAUUUGAGAUGUUGCGAUUUAUUAAUCGCAAAGCCUGCGAUGUGGACGCGAUAUUCUCUGUUCCAGAUCAAAUGCAAAUGCAUGACUGCCAGCCUUGAGUGGCAAAAAAAAAAAAAAGAAAGUGCGCGCGAGUGGGAUUAUGGCAUCUACAAGGUCAGAUCAAUAGUCAGGCAAAGUAAUACUAAAGAAAAUUUUAUGUAAUAUGAGAUUACUUCGGCUUUGAAAUGACAGACACCGAACAAAAAAGGUUAAUUUGCAAGAGCUGUGCCACAACACGAAAGAGCUCCCUUAUCGGUUCUGCUUUUAGUAAGUUACUGGAGAAUAAAAUAAACAUUUUCUUAUUUGGUUUUAUUAGUACAUGAACGUUAUCUUACACAUUUUAUCUCCCCAACAGAUUCUAAUUUGAAAUAAGUUUAUAAUGCAUGUUCGCUAUUCCCAAUUCAGAAGACCGCACACACAGCCUGCGUCUCUGAAUGCUUCUCAUACUCGCUCCUCUCUGCCCCACGCGGCGCAUAUCCCGCGUCUCACGGACGAGCCGUUUACACUUGCCGCACACACGCAGCCUGUUUCGUAAUGCUCAUUUAUACUCGCGCCCGGCUCUGCACGAGCGCAUCUGGCAGUAUGGACGAGGCUUGACGCACGUGCGCAACCUGUGUCAACUCGCACCUGUCUCCGCGUUUGAAACAAAUGUAAAUUCAGUCUAACUGCUUUGCUAAUUUCACUUGGAUGAAAUGAAACAUCCAGCACAUUUUCCACUUGUUCUUAAAAUCCCAAAUACUUAAAAAUGAAUAAAUCAGCCUAUGUAACCUAUGUAAUACUUGAAUAAUUGACUAAAGUAAUACAGUUCUUUAUUUACACAAAGUAAACAAAUCUUUGGUGAAAUUCAGUAAUUAAGUAAAUUCUGUAAAAGUAGUAAUACCAUUAUAAUCUUCCCUGCUGAAAAAACAAUAGAACCUCUCCCAAAACACAAUAGAAAAUGUAAUGGAUUUAAGGGUUAUAAUGGGAAUUGUAUUGGUUUUAAUAUAGCUAAUGGUGUCUACUGGCAUUUGAUGGAUUCUAUUGGUGGAAUGUAAUCUGGCAGAUGGGAACCAAUAGAACAACAGUAAUUCCUAUUGCAAUAAUGCCCAAAACACACUACAAAAAGGAAUUUUGUAAUGGUUUUAAUGGAAACCAUAAGAAUUUCUGUGAUGGUUUCUAUUGUUUUUUUCAGCAGAGAACAAUACCCAUACUGUGCUGCACACUAUUGACAAUAUUGAGCUGAAGCUUGACUUUGCAAAAUUAAAAUCGCAAAUCAAAUCGCAAUCGCAAUAUGUCCAAAAAAUUGCAAUUAGAUAUUUUCCCCAAAUCGCACAGCCCUAGUUUAUAUGGUAUGCUUUAAUGGUUUUUAAUGUUUUUUCUAUUGUUAAUUUUGGACCUCAGCAGCAUCCAUCCUCAUUCCCUGUCAUUGUAUGGAGAACAGAAGUGUGAACAUUGUGUUAUAUACCUCCUUUUGUAUUCCAAGUAGUUUGGAAGUACAUGGGGCUGAGUGAAUUUGCAAUUUUAACUAUUCCUUUAACAUUAGGCAUUGAAUCUGACUUCUGCUAGCAGCAACAGUGUGGCCUCAGUAUUCAAAGACUACUUUUAUUGUGUGUUUGGAUGACAUUUAAAAAAUGGUUGGUGGUUGUGCAUAUGGUUUGUUUGAAUAAUGACUGAUUUAUUAUGUUAAGUAAAUCCUAAUUAUGCAUAUUGUAACUCAUGUUUAAUAUUAAACAAUAAAAGGAAAUCAACUAUUUUGCCAUAAUGCUGUAUUUUACAUACAAUAACAGACAGAGCAGAAUGAGUUUCUGUCUAAAGCCAUCGUUAAACCAUGUUUCUGUAAAUUGUCACAUAUAAGUCAGUGUCUCAAUUUAAAUGAGAACGCUUUUAUAAACA